GUGGACGCGGCGCGGUGCGGCUUAAAUCAUCUGACGCGUUUUGCGCAUUUCCUGAACUGGCGCUCGAGUGCAGGGAGGGAGAGGGGAGAGAGAGGGAGAGAGAGAGAGCGCGAACAGGGUGGAAGGCUGCAGCGCAAAGGACUAACAUGAGCGUGUAGCUCAAAUGCUUUCGCCUUCUCAAAUCAACAAAGACAAGCAGCAGCUGAAUAUCUCGUCAAGCGGAUGGCAAUAGUCUCCCAGCGGUUCGUCGGCAGACUGGGAAAAGGAGGGAUCCAAAAACGCCUCUCCCAUUUAACGCCUAUUGGAAAACGAAUAGUACAAGACAAGCCCCGCUGAAGACCAUCACAUUUGGGAUAUUUUCCUCUGUGUUAUUGCUGAUAUUUUGCCUCUUGGACACGUCCCUCAACUCAGCUCUAUUCCAGACGUAGGGAAUUCGAUUGUUUACGUAUGCUUCCUUUUACGAGGAAAGACGGAACAAAAACAGGAGCCUCUGGUUUUGCAUAUCGCGUUUUUGCAUCCUAUUUGAUUGUUCCGCUCAAAUGAGAGAAUCAGGUUGAUCCGACUAGUGGUUUAGGGGAUUAAAUCAUCACAGCAUCCAUCUAUACGUGCAUGUACACUAAUGACGUGAUGACAUCUACGGGUAUAGCGACUCCCUGAAUCAAAACCUGCUUUUGAAACCGUCUGUUCUUGCAAAGAAGCCAGCUGCAUCUCACUUGAGCCUCAUCAUGGUGGUUUUUAAUGGAAUGCUGAAGAUCAAGGUUUGCGAAGCUCUGGAUCUGAAGCCCACCCCGUGGUCGCUCCGGCAUGCUGUGGGACCGAAGACCCAGACCUUCCUCCUGGACACGUAUAUCGCCCUCAACGUGGACGAUUCCCGCGUGGGCCAAACUUCUACCAAGCAGAAGACAAAUAGUCCAGCUUGGAACGAUGAGUUCGUAACAGAGGUUUAUGAUGGGAAGAAAAUCGAACUGUCUGUCUUUCACGAUGCACCGAUUGGCUAUGAUGACUUUGUGGCCAACUGCACUAUACAAUUUGAAGACCUGCUGCAGAAUAGCAGCAGGCACUUUGAAGAUUGGAUCGACUUGGAGCCAGAGGGUAAAGUGUUUGUCAUCAUUGAUCUGUCGGGAUCCUCCAGUGAAGCUGCAUCAUCCAAUGAAAAUGAGGAGAGAGUGUUCCGUGAGCGAAUGCGUCCACGGAAACGGCAGGGAGCGGUCCGGAGGCGCGUCCAUCAGGUCAAUGGUCACAAAUUCAUGGCCACUUACCUGAGACAGCCCACCUACUGCUCCCACUGCAGAGAUUUCAUCUGGGGUGUGCUGGGGAAACAGGGGUAUCAGUGUCAGGUGUGUACCUGCGUGGUCCAUAAGAGAUGCCAUGAGCUCAUUAUAACAAAAUGUGCUGGCUUGAAGAAACAGGAAGACACUCCUGAAGAGGUUGGCUCCCAGCGCUUCAGUGUAAACAUUCCACACAUGUUCAGCAUUCAUAAUUACAAAGUCCCCACCUUCUGCGACCACUGCGGCUCCUUACUUUGGGGACUGAUGCGACAAGGCCUGCAGUGCAAAGCCUGUAAAAUGAAUGUCCAUCGGCGUUGUGAAAGUAAUGUAGCUCCUAGCUGUGGUGUCGAUGCUAGAAAAAUUGCUAAAGUGCUCUCUGAUCUCGGGGUGACACCAGAUAAGAUCUCCAACAGUACUCAGCGCAGGAAAAAGUUGACUCCAGGGCAGGACCCUCAGCAACCUAUAACAGAAGCCCCCUCAUUAGAGGAGUCUGACCGAUGCAAAUCAGCUCCAACUUCGCCUUGCGACCAGGCGGAGCUUGCAGAACUGGAGAGUAUCCGUAAGGCCCUUUCAUUUGGUCAGGAGCACAAGUCUUCCUCCUCUUCCACAAGCAGUGGCGUUCAGAGCACAGUGACCGAGGGCCGGGAGAAUGGAGAUGUGAAGACUGUCCAGACGAAGAGGAUGAGUCUCACAGACUUCUCAUUCAUCAAAGUGCUGGGCAAAGGCAGCUUUGGCAAGGUGAUGCUGGCAGAGCUGAAAGGCACAGAUGAAGUUUACGCUGUGAAGGUUUUGAAGAAAGAUGUCAUCCUUCAAGAUGAUGAUGUGGACUGCACUUUGACAGAGAAACGCAUUCUAGCCCUGGCUAGAAAACAUCCCUAUCUAACCCAGCUAUUCUGCUGCUUCCAGACAAAGGAUCGGUUGUUCUUUGUUAUGGAGUAUGUGAAUGGAGGAGACCUGAUGUUUCAGAUCCAACGCUCACGAAAGUUUGAUGAAGCUCGUUCCCGUUUCUACGCAGCUGAGGUCACAUCUGCACUUAUGUUCCUGCAUCAACAUGGUGUCAUCUACAGAGAUCUGAAGCUGGAUAACAUUCUGUUGGAUGCUGAAGGCCACUGUAAACUGGCUGACUUUGGCAUGUGCAAAGAGGGCAUUCUGAAUGGGGUCACGACCACCACCUUCUGCGGGACCCCUGACUACAUUGCACCUGAAAUCCUGCAGGAGUUGGAGUAUGGCCCAUCGGUGGAUUGGUGGGCUCUGGGCGUUCUCAUGUAUGAAAUGAUGGCUGGUCAGCCUCCGUUUGAAGCUGACAAUGAGGACGAUCUUUUUGAGUCCAUCCUCCAUGAUGAUGUGCUUUAUCCUGUGUGGCUCAGUAAAGAAGCCGUCAGCAUUCUGAAAGCUUUCAUGACAAAGAGCCCCAGUAAGCGUCUGGGCUGUGUGGUGACCCAAGGACUAGAGGAAGCCAUCAAAGUCCACCCUUUCUUCAGAGAGAUCGACUGGGUCUUGCUGGAGCAGAGGAAGAUCAAGCCCCCCUUUAAACCUCGCAUUAAAACCAAGCGCGAUGUGAAUAACUUCGACCAGGACUUCACUCGUGAGGACCCUGUGCUGACGCCAGUAGACGAUGCCAUCAUCAAACAAAUCAAUCAGGAUGAAUUCAAGGGCUUCUCCUACUUCGGAGAGGAGGCUUUGUCUUAAAAUCUAACUUGAUGUCUGUCAGCACAAAUAUAUGUUAAACACCCCCACAAACACUCAAAAAACCCACAUCGCAUUGCAAUACAUGAACACACACUCCACAGAUGUUCUGAAGAAGGGGCUCAGACCGGGCCGGAGCAGAACCAUCGGUCCCUGUGGUUCAAUUCCCCUUUACUGCUGUUUUUGUUCUUUUAUUCUCCUCUAAAUCUCCAAAAGAAAAAAGAAACUGUACUGCACAUGGAUCUCAUCACAGGCCUGAACAAAUUUUACAACCAAUCAGAAAACGAAUGUUCUCCAGAGCCCAAGAAGGAAGGGUCGGAACGCACUACCUUAAACCAAAAUUGACGAUACCAAUGAUUGUACUAUUUGGGACACCAGUCAGGUCUUCGUAAUCCCUUGAUGGAAAGGUCUUGCCCUUGAGGAGGAAUUUACCCUGCACAUGUGACAAUUGACAUGUUGUGCUGUGCAGUCAAAUGCCUUUUUGUGUAUUCAGGUGACAUUUUGGGAGCAAUUUUCUAAAAUAUACAAAGACAUUUGUAGUAUAUAUAAUAUAUAUAUAUAUAUAUAUUAUAUAUAUAUAUAUAUAUAUAUAUAUAUAUAUAUAUAUAUAUAUAUAUAUAUAUAUAUAUAUAUUCCAUCAGUGUUAUGAAGGUCCAUUUAGAAUGUUAACCUGCUGUAUAUGGGUUGUGUUACGAAGUGUUGGCCUGAGUAGAUGUGUGCAUGACAUGUAUGUGUCCGUGUGCAUGUGUUUGCAUGAAUGAGAGCGAGAGGCCCUUGCCCUCCGGAAGCUCUACGGUUGUUUUCAUGUUGUUUUGCAAUGGAUUUUCAUUUGUGCUCGACUGUGUAAAGACCGCAGUAUGCGUGCGUGUGUGUGUGUGUGUGUGUGCCAUGUCCCACCGCUAUGCAUAAUAAGGUAUAGUCGUGGACAGACAGACCAGUACCCACAGAUGCCCGGUCAUUGUGUACAGCAACAUGUACAUAGUAUUCACUCCAAAAGCCUGUGAAAGCUUCUUAGAGUAGGCAAUUGUUUGCAUGGUCUUGCAAAUUGUGUCGUUAUUGAGUAGCAUCAGUUUAUGGAAAGAAAAACAUGUUUUUGAUAUCUAUGUGCAAUACCCUGAACACAUUUCCCCAGUUCUUUUCUUUAUUUUUUUAAUUGUUGUGUUUCAGUUUCUCUCUUGUGUGCUGAUUUUCUCAUGUUUUAUAGUUUAGAGCUUCACCAAAGGCUUUCUCGCUCUCUCGCUCAUGCUUCUCUCUGCCGUUGUCAUGUAUAUAGUUUGCUGAAGUACAUAAGCUGUGGAAUGUAGUGGAAAAUGUGUGAGCUUUUAAUUUAUUCAAUAUACAUGUAGCUACGUUUCCCUUUUUAUGUCAGUAAGUCAGUUUGUCAGUUUUUUUCCUUUGCAUCAUUUUGUGUUACUUUAUUUCAGACAAUUAAACCUUGUUACACACCUCCAUAGAGCUUUCAAACUAUUAUGUUUUUGUUUUAAAAUUGUGUGAACCCCCUGUGGUUGAAUCAUUUACUUGUGCAAUGUGAAAGACUCUAAAGGAGGGGUGAACUAAAUGAAAAAAGGGUACAUUUCAGGCGUACUAAUUAAAACCUUCUGGAAUGUGAUGACUUUUGCUUUAGCAUUUCUUAGCAUUAGAAGUUUCUUUUUGCUUCGACAUUGUUUCGUUGCUUUUUUUAAUGUGUCUGUGGGUUGAUCACGGUGACUAGGUCAAUGUUGCCGAUUGUCUUUAAAGCCUUUUCUCCCACAGGCACUUUCCUGUCAGUCGACCUCAUGGUAUCAUGCCAAAUGUCUUGUUCAGCUUUAUUUUUUUCCGUUGUUUCCUUUUUAAUUGUAAAGGAAUGAACUUGAUAUAUAGGACGCAUCCAUGGUCUGUCUUCAAAGUCAAAACAGAGUAAAUAAACUAAGAAUUACCUCUUAAAUUAAGUGCAAAGAUUUCUCUGGCUGAAUAUUAAAUAUUUGUGCAUACAGUAUUAAAAUACAUAAAUGUUUCAUAUGUAUGAUAGUGCUGUAUUAUAUACAUCUGGUAUUGGACUUUAGUUUCUGUAUGGUGAAGCUUCAUGUGCACAGAGGUAUUUCUUUUCUGGAUACACUAGCGUUAUCUCGUAAACAUUUUAUUAUGUGCCAAAUGUACUGUCAUCUAAAGGAUGUGAAUGUUUUGUUUAAUCUAUUAAACCCCAAGAUGUAUGAAAAAUGAUGCGUUUUGGUGAUAAGUUGCAAGAGAAUUAUGUGCACACACACAUGCCCAUACUGAGGAAAUAGAACAUCAAAUUGCAAAAGUAAAAUAUGUAACUAGAGGUUUGGCUGUAGCUGUUAGUCUAAACUUUUAAAAACAUCCUUACAAAUACAGUGCAACAUAAAAACUUGUAAGACUUGUAAGGACAUUUAAAGUGUUUUGGAUUUUUUGAAUGGCUCACAAAUCAUCUAUUUUGAUCACAAUCAUGUAUUGCCUUAAAUCUGCUGAUAACAUCACGUUUCUCUGAGGGUUUGGGGUCAGCAAACCUCCUCGCCUCAUCAAAAACAAUUGUGUUAAUGAGAUGUUCUUGCAAACAUGAAAAAACCAACAUGCAUGUGUGUGCAUUAUUGCAAAUGAGCUUGAUGUGAGCUGUUCUUCAACAGUCAUUCAACGAAAAGGCCUAAAUGGAAAUGUUUGAGGUGUUCAGAUGCAAACUCCUCCAAAGAUGUGGCUUUUUCUAACCAUUCCGAUAAUGACAGACACAACUGCAGUUUUCCAUCGACUACAUGCAAUUCAUAGCAGGGUUAGAGGUGAUCGAUUACAUGUUUGUUUACAUGGUGUAGCCUACUGGUAGAAGCCUCUUAUUAAAUGGGAAUGGGUCCAAGAUAGAGUUGAACGAGAGUUAAAUAUGUUCCAAUUAAACCCUGCUCCUGGAAAAGAUGCUUUACUGUUAUUUUUCCAUGGUCGGCGGUCAUUUUUGUUUGUUUGUCCACGUUCAGAGAUUAAAAUGUAGCCCUGGUUCCUUUUGGAUGCUUCCUGGAAACUUCACGUGGUGUUUGUUUUAUAUGAGACCGUGAAACUGAACUUUCUCACAGGACAAGUGUGCACAGAGCUCGGGGGCGCGCUGAGAGGCAGGCGCGUGGUGAGGAGCACCAUUUAGUGCGCGCAGUGCACAGUGCUGAAAGCACGCGCAGCGCAGGAGCGGCGCUCACGAGCUCUUUACCAGCGUCCAGUCACUGUCAGUCGGUGUCACUCUGGGGAGGUGGUGCGAUCCUCGGCAGUGUUCUGAGACUGCACUAACUACUCCGGUCAUUACUGGAAAUGUCAUGAGAAUGGACAUUACGGAGGAGAAAUAACUAAAAGACAUCUGUGAAAAAAAAACACGUUUAAAUUUUUUUCCGGAAAA